AUGCCCCUGGGCGAGUACGCCUUCGUGCGGGCCGCGGGCAAAGGCAGCUACGGGGAAGUGAGCCUGGUGCGGCACCAGCGCGACCAUAAGCAGUAUGUUAUUAAAAAGUUGAACCUUAAACAUGCAUCCAGCCGUGAGAGAAAAGCAGCAGAGCAAGAAGCCCAGCUGCUGUCUCAACUGAAACAUCCCAAUAUAGUCACCUACAGGGAGUCGUGGGAAGGGGACGAUGGCUUCCUCUAUAUUGUUAUGGGCUUCUGUGAAGGAGGGGACCUCUAUCAUAAGCUGAAAGAACAGAAAGGAAAACUUUUGCCAGAGAAUCAGGUGGUGGAGUGGUUCGUUCAAAUUGCUAUGGCAUUGCAGUAUUUGCAUGAAAAACACAUUCUACACAGAGAUCUCAAAACUCAAAAUGUUUUCCUGACACGUUCAAAUAUCAUCAAAGUGGGAGAUCUGGGAAUAGCUAGAGUGCUGGAAAAUCAGUAUGAUAUGGCGAGUACUCUCAUAGGCACACCGUACUAUAUGAGUCCUGAGCUGUUCUCAAACAAGCCUUACAAUUACAAGUCUGAUGUUUGGGCUUUGGGUUGCUGCGUCUAUGAAAUGGCGACAUUGAAGCAUGCUUUCAAUGCGAAAGACAUGAAUUCCUUAGCUUAUCGAAUUAUUGAAGGAAAGCUGCCACCAAUGCCAAAAGAUUACAGUACUCAGCUGAAAGAACUAGUAAGAACUAUGCUUAGUAAAAAGCCAGAAGAAAGACCUAGUGUGAGAAGCAUACUGAGGCAACCGUAUAUCAAGCACCAAAUUGCUCUAUUUUUGGAGGCCACAAAAGCAAAAACAUCAAAAAAUCACAAGAAAAUAUCUGAUUUCAAGCCCCAAAGUUCCUCCGUAGCCUCAGGGAAUGCUGAACUGAAAAAUGGACAUAAAGUAUCUCAGAAACUUCCUGGCGAGCACUCGUGGAAAUCUAAAGGAAAUGAAGAGAAAUGUUUAAUUAACAAUAAAACCUAUGAAGUUUCUCCCUCAGAAAAACUGGCUACUGAGCCUGAAAAAAGUAUAAACAAGAAUGGUUUGAACAGCACAGACGUAUCUAUAGCAACGAUGAGUAAAGUGGACAUAGUUAUUGUUCCGCUGGAAAAUAGGAACUCAAAAAAUGAAUACUCAGUAGAGGAUAACAAAAACAAGGGUUCACAUAUUCCCAGUGAGUCCGAGUCUGGAACAGUGAUGAAUGGCCCACCAUUUAAGGAAGACAGAUUGCAGAAAAUCACAAAGCUGUAUUCCAAGACAGAACAUGUAGAUUUUAAGAAGACUGUUGUUGAUGAAAUGGAUGAUAGCAGUGACACCAUGAAACUUCUUCAGCCUACUUCAGAGGCCCAAAACACAAACGAUCAUAAUCUGGAUUCUACUGAGAAACUGCUGGCACCAUGUAUUCCUGUAGUAAUUCUUGAUGAAGCCAUCUGUGGAAACCCAGCAGAAAAUAAAGGUAAAAUUCAGUAUGAAAGCACUUAUUGCUUUCAGCCCCAAGGAUCUGAUCAUGAGCCUUUCCUGUCACGACAGCGGCGACAUAAGAAGAAAGAACAAUUAGAGGCCUUUUCAGAAAAGGAUCGGCCACUGUCAGCACGGGAGAGGAGGAGACUAAAGCAAUCUCAGGAAGUCAUGCUUCCUUCUGAGCCUGCUGCAAGACGAGCAUCUCAUAGUUUAGUAACAGAAACAAAAUUGAUGGAGAACAGUGAUAUUCAAAUCGCUCAUUCUUCUUCAGAGCCUAGCAUUUUCAAGAGAAAGAGCACAAGUGGUUGUUUUUGUGAGGACGAGCUGAACACUUCUUCCAGUUCCACUGAAAAAUCAGAUAGUGACUACAAAGAAGGAAAAACAAAUGAGAUGAAUGAUUUGGUACAGUUGAUGACCCGAACACUGAACAUGGACAAUAAAGAAAAUUGUGAGCGGUCUGCAGUACCAGUUCCUGAAUCACAGUUCAAGCUUAAUAGAAAAUACAGAGACACCCUUAUCUUACACGGGAAAGCACCAGAAGAACCAGAUGCAUUCCAGAUGCAGGAGGUUUCUUCAGAUACUCUGUCUGGUCCUGAAAAAAUUAGGAGACUGGUUGAAAUCUUAAGGGUAAAUGUAGUUCAGGGACUUGGAAUGAAACUUCUGGAAAAGGUGUAUAAUGUUAUGGAGGAGGAUGAUGAACAGAAGAGAGAGCUGUAUUUGCGGAAGCUGAUGGGAGAAAAGUACACCUCUUACAGCAUGAAGGCCCGUCACUUGAAGUUCUUAGAAGACAAUGUAAAGCUUUGACAGAUACCUCCAUUGAACCACU